AGGGGAAAUCCCUAGCCAAAAAGUCGAAAGAAACAAUUGUUUUCGAUUUCGAAUUUAAUCUGGAACAAGAACAAACGUCUCUUGACGUAUUGUUUGGUAGCGAAAUUGUAAAAAUUGAUCGCGAAUGGAAGGUGGAGGUGGAAGAGAGAAAGAAGAGGAACAAGAUGGCGUUUCCGUACACUCCCCUUGCAAAGCUCCUCCUUCCUCUGCCUCAUCUCUCCCCAAGGAGCAACAACAGGUAGAAUUGGAGCUGAGGCUAUUGGAAGCACUUGAAAUUUAUCCUCCCGUCAAAUUACGAGGCAUGCAUCGCCACUUUGUCCUCUAUGGUCUAAUGGAAUUCCUGCGGAGAAGCCUUGACCGACAAUUUUCUCCAGAUGAGGUUUUGCAGUUGCUCGAUCGUUUCUACAACUUAGAAGUGCUGAAACCAGAUGAUGAAGAGAUGGAUAUCCUAAAUCACGAGGAAGACUUUUGCUUGCCGCAAAGUUAUUUUGUCAAGGAAGAAGCUUAAACUCGAUUUUGGCAUCGGGUAUUUGUCCUAGACUCGGGUUCUUUUAUCUGAUCUGAUGCUUCCUGCUUGUGAUCAUGUUCCUUGAUCAUAUAACAGAAGAUUGUAAAAAAUUAGGUUACAAUUUUGAUGGGAUGUAUAUCGGCCCUAGCAUCUUUUGAAAGCUUAUAUCUGAUGCAAUCGUUUCAUAAAUUUGCUCUUAACCCCCCUUUUUUGCUUCCUUUUUGGGAAAAAUGUUUAUCUAAAUACGAAUUAAAUGACAGUCAUGGUAUACAUGAACAUGCAUUCUUGAAUGA